AUGGCGAGGCUCGUGUAUGGAAAUUUCAUCAGAGUUUGGCGAGAGAAAGAAGCAGCUCUCCAAGAUACUCGAAUGAAGCGGCUGCUCAUGCUCAAUGCUUCUCACGAAGUCCGUACCCUACUGAACAUUUUGGUCAACUAUCUUGAAAUGGCUUCGGAGAGACCGUUGGACAAGCCGACAAAGGAAAUUCUGUCUAUGUCACACACGGCCUCGAAAUCUCUAAUCUACUUUAUCGAUGACCUUCUGCAUCUUACUGGAAGUAGAGACGGACCGAUACCACCUCUUCAAGAAGCUUUUGACAUCAGAUUGGGGCUACAGCAAACCUUGGAGCAACUCAGGCAGCAUGCGGCGCGAAAGUCCCUAGCUUUCGAAGUCUUCAUACAUCCCGAAUUUCCACAUUUCGUGCAAGGUGAUCUACUACGCCUUCAGCAAGCCAUGUUGAGCUUAGUCUCUAACGCAAUACAAUAUACCUACAGUGGCGGCGUCACCAUCCAGUUGGGUCAGGUCUUUGAAACAGAAACGGACUGUCUAGCUCAGAUUAUAAUCCAGGAUACCGGAGUUGGCAUGUCAGAUAACGAGCUUGAUGACCUGUUCAUGGACCUUGAAGAGGUACGCGGUGAAGACUUCCAGGAGGAGGAAUCACCCCUAGAGGUAAAGCCCCGUAUUCCACGCGACGGUGUGAAAUCUUUGAAGUUGGGACUGGGUCUCGCGCUAGUCGCACGGUUUGUGAAAACCAGGAAUGGGCAGAUCCGACUGAAGUCUACCAAAGGGAAAGGCUCAACAGUCACCCUGGACUUACCUUUUAAGCUUUGCCCUGAGGCUGCACAUCCAUUUCAGUCCAGUCUCAAUCUUCAGGCCCAAUCAUCAGAAUCUGCUCAGCGUCAGUCACUUCCCGUGCGCCCCAAGUUGGGGGCUAAUCGCGAAGCUGAGGAGUCGGCAAGGUCGCAAGCUUAUUUUACGAGUCGGAACGGGACAUAUCCUAGACAACAAAGCAUAAUCGCUUCACCUUCAGAAACAUACUCCCGUCCAUCGAACGAUGAAAUGCAAGAUCUUGGCGAUCGUCAUCUGACAGUGCUGGUUGCCGACGACAACUCCAUCAACCUCCAAAUCCUUCAACGGAGACUGGGGAAAAUGGGACACGAUGUCAGAGUUAGCUGGGAUGGUCAAGAAUGCUUUGAUUUAUUGAAGGUCCAUCAAAGUGAUAUCGACUUUAUCCUAAUGGACCUUGAAAUGCCAUUUGUUAAUGGCUGGCAGGCCACUCAGAUGAUCAGGUCGCUAGAGAAGACCACGACAGAUAUCCCGCACUCCACGGAUGAAUACGGCAGAAUACCGAUCUUUGCCAUCUCAGCGACUCUACGGAAGGAGCAACGACAAUCCUUCGCAGCAUCGGGUUUCGAUGGCUGGCUACUUAAACCGGUUGAUUUUAAGAGAUUGGCACUCAUACUUUCAGGUGCUUUCAAUGCGGACUCACGCAAGAGGGGCCUGUACGAAGAGGCGUCGUUUCAGCAAGGAGGCUGGUUUUCAGAGCGUUGUGUCGACAUCUGA